CGCCAUGCUAAGCCACGCCCCUCCACUCACUCACACACACAUCAACAUGGCGACGCUCAGGACGAUGGGUCGCAGCAGCAGAACCGUGUGCACUCUCUCUCUGGUGAUUCUACUGCAGCUGCUGGCCGGCGGGUGUCUGUCAGCUCCCGUGAACACGACAGGACCCAAAGAUGAUAAUCAGGUGGUAAUUGUAACUCCAAAUGUGACCAUCCAGACCCAGAACACAAGUGACGUAGAGACGUCGCCACCUCAGCAGAGCAACACAACUGUAGCAGAGCCCAAAAACGCUACAAAACCUGGUGACAAUGACUCCACACCAGCAGUAGCAACGCCUCAAGCGGAAAGCAAGGCACCUCCCGCUAACACAGAAAUGCAAGUUCAGAUCAUUGCGACCUCUGCAGAUAAACCUCAGCAAAAAAACGUCAGCGAUGAAGAGCAAAAACCCGUCAGCACUGGAGCACAAGUACCCUCUAACGCGGGGGAGCAAAAACCCGUCAGCACUGGGCCGCAAGACCCAGAUGCAGCUGUCAAGGUUGAUGCGCCAGAGGAACCCGCUGUUUCUGAAAACAUUACAGCCACUGCUGCAGAAGUCCCCACCACCCCAGUGAAAACCAAAGAACCAGCUGAACCUAUAACAAAAGAAAUUGAGCCAAAUGCCUCUGACAAGAAACUCCCCAGCGUAUCGAAGGCGUCCGAAGAGCAGGACCCUGAACCGGGCCUGCCGCAGACCACUGAGAGAGGACCCAUUGAUUUAGAUAGUUACACGGAUGAGGAUGACAAAGACGACGACGACGAAGAUGACGGAACCUAUGGACAGAGCGACGACAUCGACAGCGAUGACAAUAUGGAGACGACUGACAACGAGUACCUUAAUGUUGCAGUUGGGGAGAAAGACCAGACUCUGAGCACGCACCAGCAGUCAGGCAGGAUGGAGGUGAUACACCACAAUGAGGUAGAGAGCUACAACACGGAGGACGAGGACUCGCACUUCUUCUUCCAUCUGGUCAUCCUGGCUUUCCUGGUGGCCAUCAUCUACAUCACCUAUCACAACAAGAGGAAGAUCUUCCUCUUGGCUCAGAGUCGGCGCUGGAAGGACGGUCUGUGUUCCCGCAACAACGUGGAGUACCACCGCCUGGACCAGAACGUCAACGAGGCCAUGCCGUCCCUUAAGAUGACCCGUGACUACAUUUUUUGAUCCACGUUCUCAGGACCCAUGUCCGGACCUGUGCAGAGCCAGUCGGCCAUCUUUCUUCCCGGCAGGUUGCAUUGUCACGACGCUGUGCUUUGUCCUGGAGCUUGAUAGAUGCUUUCUCUUGCUUUACGAGCCAGUUGGAGAGAAGGAGGUGUUGUCGUCUUUUGGAUAGAAUUAUGUGCAGGAUUUAUUUUUUACUCUUCAUCUGUUAUUCCUAUAUUUUAUAUUUUAAUAUGAUUUCCUCUUUGUUUUUUUCUAAAUUGAUAACUUGGGAUUGAAAUAUAUUUAACUUUGUUUUUGUUUUUAGCCUUAUGGUGUCCCUCUACACCUAUAUUUUCUUUUUGCAUUCUGUCAUAAUAUAUUUUAAUAAUCAAAAUAAGAGUUCGAAGAUUUAAACACUAAUGUAACCUUUAGGUCAUAAUAUAAUGCGUAAUAAAAGCAGUUGAAUAUUUAACCCAAGAUUUAUUGAUGAAGAUUUUCUGUCAGUCAGUGGCCAAGAUAGGAAAUGACUGUCUCGUUUUCAAAGCACUUGUUGUGUCAGGCAUACUUUUGUACUGGAGUUAAAGUAAAAGAAACGCUGGGUAAUUUGAUUUAUAGACAUAUAAAGUUGAAAUGUGUUUAAAAUUAACAAGAUAAUUUUUUAACUUAUAAUUUCUUUAACAUUAAGUUAAAAAUUGCAUUAAGCAUCAAGUUAAAAUAACUCUUUAGAUGAAGGGUAUGUUCUCGUGAUUAAGCCAUUUAAAAGAAGACAGAUGCUGUAUUUAGUUCAGGUUUCAAUGAACUGAUCGUGUAUGGGAGAAGCCUUUUUUACCACCAGACGUUUCCCCUCUUCAUCAGUUCAUAUUUAACUCGUCUGAUAUGGUAUCUCUUCUUCUUCUGCCCAGAUUUUGCGAUGUAGAAAUGCUGGGGCUGGCCCUCUUUGCUUUUUAUGACUUCGGUGAAGUCUCUAUCAACCAGUCUUCAUCAUAUUUGUGGCAAAAAAGCGACUGUUUUCCCUCCUGCUCACAAAGAAUGAACUAGUCACCUUCUGUCACAGUAGGAAGUUGGUGGACUGUUUUCGUUCUUCAUCAGUUUGUUUUUUUGCACGCUCUGUGUGGCCUAAUGUUCUCGAGCACCAUUUCUUUGUCGCUGUGUCUUGCCUUCAGUUAAAUCGCUGUAACCGCCACAUGAAUCCUCAUAUUUGUUAUCAAUCUUUUGUCGCCUUCUCUCAGUUGUUUCCAUCGGUCUUGUCCGUGAAAGAGGUAUUCAGUGGGUAGAUAGAUAAUGCGAUUUGCACUGUGCCAUCAUAGAAUAUGGGCCGAGGGUGGGAGAUGACAGAUCUUGCAAUCAACAGUAGAAACUGUGCAAUCUUGUUUUUGUCAAUAAAGCACAAAUUGUGUACAGAG